AUGGGUAAUAUUGGAGUGAGCACUAGCAAGUCUAGAAUGGCUUUUCAAGAACUUCCUGAAAUUCAACAAUUCAGACGUAAAUCUGUAAGAAAAGCUCCAAAUAAUAAUAGACUCUAUGAUGGAGAAAUUUACUAUAAUCCGAAUGCUACAACAAGUCAAACAACUUCUCCUAAUAACUCACAACCAUCUGCAAAAUUCCUCUCUGCCAAUUCUGCAAACUCUCCAACAUCACCAACUCCAAGUGGAGGUAGUAGUAGUAGCAGUGGUAAUUCGAAACGUCAUGGUUCCAUUAGUGGAGAUGUCACAGAAAAAAUUGGUUAUGAAGUAAUUAAAUUGGUUGGUAGAGGAACAUUUGGUGAAGUUUAUCACGUCAAACAAACAAAUACUGGUAAAGAUUUGGCAUUGAAGAUUUUGAUUAAACCUGAAAAGUUGAGAGAUUUGGAAAAGAUUCAAAACGAAAUUGAAAUUAUGAAAUCACUGAUCCAUCCCAAUAUUUUACGUUUACUUGAUACUUUUGAAAUGAAAGAUGAAAAGAAUACUGAUUGUAUUGUAAUUGUUUCAGAAUAUUGUGAGUUGGGAUCAAUUGCUGACUAUUUAGAAGCUGUUGUCAUGAAUGAAAAGGUUAACUUCCCUGUUUGGUCAAUUACUGGCUGGUUUGUUGAUAUGAUUGAAUCUAUCAAAUUCUGCUCUGCUCGUGGUGUGAUUCAUAGAGAUAUCAAACCUUCAAACAUGUUGAUUGAGGCUGUUGAUGGUAGAAUGGUUAUUAAAUUGGCUGAUUUUGGACUUUCAAAGGCUCUCAUGGCUAAACAAAUGGCUAGUACCAUGUGUGGUUCUCCACUCUAUGCUGCUCCUGAAAUUUACAAUAGAACUGGUUACACUAGUGCAGUAGAUGUCUACUCUUUGGGUGUGACAAUUUUAGAGUUGGCCUGUUCGUACUCUCACGAUGAAUUCAGUGAAAUUGUUGUUGAGGAACCUCAUAGAGUUAUGGAAUUGUUUAAUAGUGUAAAAUUACCAAGUAUGAAGGAGUUAAUCAUGAAGAUGAUUCACCCUGAUCCUAAAGUUAGAAUUGGUGUAAAUGAUUUGGCUGAACAUCCGCUCGUUAAGUCCUACAGAUUCCUUCUACAAUUGAGAGCCAUCAAGGGAGUCAAUAAUUCAUCUAGUUUGUAUGAAUUUUUGGAAAUACUCUUGGGUGAUAGCUCAAACACUAGAAUCUCAGAACCUGUCGGUGAGGCAACCUCUCCAAUGACACCUCUUGUUGUCACUAACGAACAUAGACAGAACAUUCUCUCCAGUAAUGAAUUGAACACAAAGGAAUUUUUCAGUGUCAUGAUGGAAACUGUAACAAUCCACAAUUCUCAUCCUAAAAUGGCCAUUUUGCAUGAAGCUAUUGUAGGAUUGACAGUUCUCAAACACCAACUAGGAAGUGCAAAUCAAGUAUUGGUCAACUUGCUCACUAGUGAUGAUGCCAAUCUCAAGUCUCUCUAUGCUUUAAAGUUUGGCUUGAGCAACAAUACUGAAGUAGUGGAGUUAGUAACUGAAAUAUAUACCAGGUUUAGUAAAUUAGGAGAUGCUCAAAGAACUCAAGUUCUUAAAGUUCUAGGUGAUGCAAGAAUGGAAGAUAAGGUUGGUGAUAAGGGUGAAGACAUUAAACAAUUCAUGAAGGAAUUAUUCAAGAGAGAUGUUGGCUUAAAGACAUGUGCUCAAGUUUUAAAUUCGAGGCGAAAGACUCAACUCGAAUCCAAAAUUCCAGAAAAUAUCAAUAAUGUUUCAGUAGAGGAAGCCACACAAGUCUAAUACAAAAUAAAUGUAAAUUAAAAUCCUA